UUCAUUCCUAACCCUGAAACCUGUAAUUUUCCCUUCUCAGCCCUCACAUACUCUCUUCCUCUUCUGCCCCUCUCAAUUUCCCAAUCCCACCCUUCCAACCCUCACUCUCUUCUUGCCCUUUCCUCCCUCAAUUUCCGAUUUUCUCCUACACCCCAUUACCCGCCAAAUCCCACUCCACCCAUAUUUUUCAAAUUUUCUCUCAUUCCCUUUCAAAAAAUAUUUUCCUUUCCAUUUUCUUUGCAAAACCCUAAUUCCCAAUUCAAGUAUGGAUCUUUGAAUUGCAGCUUCCAGGCAUUGAUUCUCGGGGUUUUGAGCAAGACCCAGUUCCUCUUUUCCCGUUUUUAGUGCUUCUGAGGAUGUAAUCUUGGGUUUGGAGCAAGGGUUUUGACUUGUAAAGGCAUUCUCCAAUACAAUUGGAAGGCGGUGUUUCCAUUUCCAAAUUGGUACUUUGAUCUGGAGGGCAGGGAGUUGUGUAGUUGUUAUUUUUGGUAAACUGUGAUUGAUUACAUCAAUGGCAAACCAUGAUUUAAUACUUGGGCAAAGUCACAAUUUGGCCCUCGGCCAGAAUCAGCCGUUGGUGCUAGGCCACAAUCAUAAUAUGGGGCUUGGGCAGAACCAUGAUUUGGAAUUGGGACAAGCCCAUGACCAUCAUUUGGGUUUGGGACAGACCCAUGAUCAUGAACUAGGUUUAGGACAUGCCCAUGACCAUGAAUUGGACUUGGGGCAAAGCCAUGACCAAGAAGGGGAUGCUGGCCACAGUUAUGGACAUGAGAAUGAAUUAGGUAUGGAUCAGAAACCUGAUCAUGAUGACCACGAGUUGGAUCUUGCUGGACAGAAUCAUGAGUUGGCUUUAUCGGAGAACAAUGAAUUGGGUGUUUCAGAAAGCCAAGAACUUGAUGAGAAUCUGGAACUAGCUGUGGCCCAGAGCCAGGAAAUGGGGAUUGAACCUUCACAUGAUAUGACUGUUGAUCAGUCCCUAUAUGUAGUCAGUUCCAGUCCUGUAAUCCAGGCUCGUGCAAUUGUACCUAAUCCUAAUUAUGAGCUGGCAGUGGGGCAAGAGUUCCCUGAUGUCAAGAGCUGUAGGAGAGCACUGAGGGAUACAGCUAUUGCCCUACACUUUGAAAUGCAGACCAUAAAAUCUGACAAGACUCGUUUUACUGCCAAAUGUGCUACUGAGGGAUGCCCUUGGCGCAUUCACGCUGCAAAGCUCCCAGGAGUUCCAACUUUUACAAUCAGGACAAUCCAUGAAUCUCAUACUUGUGGAGGAAUUGCUCAUCUUGGUCAUCAGCAAGCCUCAGUUCAGUGGGUUGCAAACUCUGUGGAGCAACGACUUCGGGAGAACCCUAAUUACAAGCCAAAGGAGAUACUGGAAGAAAUUCACCGAGUUCAUGGUAUAACCUUAUCAUACAAGCAAGCUUGGCGAGGAAAGGAGCGAAUCAUGGCAGCUAUGCGUGGAUCGUUUGAAGAAGGGUACCGCUUGCUUCCGCAAUACUGUGAACAGGUUAAAAGGACAAAUCCAGGGAGUAUUGCAUCUGUUUAUGGAAACCCGACUGAUAACUGCUUCCAGCGUCUCUUCAUAUCAUUUCAGGCAUCCAUAUAUGGUUUUCUUAAUGCUUGUCGGCCACUCCUUGGGCUUGAUAGGACAUAUUUGAAAAGCAAGUAUUUGGGUACUUUGCUAUUUGCUACUGGUUUUGAUGGUGAUGGUGGUCUGUUUCCCCUGGCAUUUGGUGUUGUUGAUGAGGAGAAUGAUGAUAAUUGGAUGUGGUUUCUUUCGGAACUUCACAACCUGCUUGAAAUUAAUACAGAAAACAUGCCAAGGCUUACCAUUUUGUCAGAUAGGCAGAAGGGUAUUGUGGAUGGCGUGGAAGCAAAUUUUCCAACUGCAUUUCAUGGAUUUUGCAUGCGCCACUUGAGUGAAAGCUUUCGUAAGGAGUUUAAUAACACAAUGCUUGUUAACCUUCUAUGGGAAGCAGCUCAUGCUCUCACUGUGAUUGAAUUUGAAGCGAAAAUUUUAGAGAUUGAAGAGAUUUCACAAGAUGCUGCUUAUUGGAUCCGAAGAAUCCCCCCUCGACUGUGGGCUACAGCCUAUUUUGAGGGAACACGCUUUGGGCAUUUAACAGCUAACAUUGUUGAAUCGUUAAAUACUUGGAUUUUGGAGGCCUCUGGGCUUCCAAUAAUUCAGAUGAUGGAAUGCAUUAGAAGGCAGCUGAUGACUUGGUUCAACGAACGCCGAGAGGUCAGUAUGCAGUGGACAUCAAUACUUGUGCCUACUGCUGAAAGGCGUGUAGCAGAUGCUCUUGAGCGUGCACGUACAUAUCAGGUGCUUCGUGCUAAUGAAGCUGAAUUUGAAGUCAUAUCUCAUGAAGGAACAAAUAUUGUGGACAUUCGGAAUCGUUGCUGCCUAUGUCGGGGCUGGCAGCUUUAUGGUUUGCCCUGUGCUCAUGCUGUGGCAGCGCUUCUCUCUUGUAGGCAGAAUGUCCAUCGAUUUACUGAGAGCUGUUUCACUGUUGCAACCUAUCGGAAGACAUACUCGCAAACCAUACAUCCAAUACCAGAUAAAUCUCUAUGGAAAGAGUUAUCUGAGGGAGAUCCAAAUGCCAGUAAAGCUGCUGAAGUUCUUAUUAACCCGCCCAAAUCACUUCGGCCUCCUGGACGGCCAAGAAAGAAGCGAGUUCGAGCAGAGGACCGUGGUCGUGUGAAGCGAGUUGUGCAUUGUAGUCGAUGUAACCAGACAGGUCAUUUUAGAACAACGUGUGCAGCACCCAUAUAAGUUGCUGCUCUUGACACUUAGUAUGUACCUUGUGCAAAAGAAAUCUUGUUUUGUGAUUAUUUAAGUGGUAGUUAUUAGUUAGAUUGAGAAGUAAAUGUUUGUAUUUCUUUUUGUUAUUAGCUGUCCUUAAUGAACAUUAAGCUCAAUAAUUCAACGUUUCAUGCUUGUAGGCUA